CUGGAUGGGUACAGCUUAAAUCAUGGGUCCAGCCUAAAAACACCACCGUUUAACUUACACUGAUCAAUUUCAACAUGGACUGUUUUUGGGUUUUUUUGGUUUUGUUUUUUUUUUUUUUUAAUAAAGCGUCAUUAAUGCACAUCUGCAGGGUUUUGCCAAACAGCCCAAACUGUAUACAUUACAAUCAUUAAAAGCUCUUAUUUUUUUUAACAUUAGUGCCGUUAUCAUGGAGAACAGCGUGGUGGCUGCCUUUGGCAGCCUGUCCUUUUUCUAGCAUUUUCAGAAACUCAUCGGAAAUGGCGGUACCUGUGUUUCCCUUCGAAAGCCUCUCAGUACAGCACUCCUGUUCCUCUGUUAAAACUCCUUGUUAAUCCAGUGAUCUUUUAGGCCAAGGAAAUAUUUUGUGGUGGUGUUCUGGGUCCAUACACCAGCAAUGAAGGAGAUAGAUUUGUGUACUUGUGUUUUUUAAUCAGCGUUAACACGGGCAGGCACCCUCAUUUGUAGAUGUAAGGAAACAUUCAGUGAAAACCUUGUAGGAUGGGAUGUGAUAACGAGGUUUCCAGUAACCUGAGCAGUCCAACGAGGUGCACAUCCUCCUCCACAGACCGUGGCCACACACCAAGUGCUGCUCCCGUUCAGCCUUUGCGGAUCUUCAUGGCCUCGGGAGACCUGUUUCUCCAUGGUCUCUUCUGGACUGCACACUUCCACCAUAGCUUGCUGGGCUGAUGUAGAUGUCUGUUUGUUGUAUGGAAAUUUUGGGGGAAAAAAAAAAAAUCCAAAACACAAACUGUGGGUUGAAAUAUUAACCGUCUCCUUGGUUCCUUGGUAUUCACCGUGCCUGAUCUGCACAUUUCAUCGUGGCUGUUUCUGUAUAGCCUAUACUGCAUUAGCCCAAGAGAUUGUUGCUUUGUAACUUUUUGCACUAUUGUUUUGGCUGGAUUUGUAUUACACACCGUUUUAAAAAAAAAAUUCCACACUAUUCUCUGCCUUUUUUUUUUUUUUUUUUUUUUUUCAUAUUUAUUCCUUCCCUCACCAAGUCCACACAGAGGCCUCUCAUCCAGCUCUUCGUGAUUUGGCUGCACUUGAACAUUGUCUGUUUACAGCCCUCAGCACUGUGCCUCCUAGAUGGCAUGACGUAUGUAGCUGUGCUGCAGCACUUGUAAUGGUCACAGUAAAUGCCCUUCACCCAGGAAGGCUCAGAUGAACAAUUGUGAACAUCCAGGAUUUAUCUGGGGGGCAAUAAUCAACUGAAUUGCAAAAUUCGGGGGAAAAUGGCACUAUCCGUGUACGAAUCGAAUACAAAUCAAAGAUUUGUCACAUCCCUAAUAAAAACAAGAUGGAGGUGUCUCUGCGACCAUAUUUGUGCCAGCGAGAUUUCAGAUUCCUGUAAACCUCUAAAGAAAAGGAGCCGCGCCUCAACUGAUGUAGAAAUGGCUAGUUCCACGUACAGAGACACGUCUGACUCCGAUUCCAGAGGACUGAGUGACCUGCAGGUGGGCUUUGGAAAGCAAGUCGAUAGCCCUUCAGCUACUGCAGAUGCAGAUGUUUCUGAUGUGCAGUCCGUGGAUUCAAGUUUGUCAAGAAGAGGCACUGGAAUGAGUAGAAAGGACACUGUAUGUCAGAUCUGUGAAAGCUCGGGGGAUUCUCUGAUUCCUUGUGAGGGAGAGUGCUGCAAACACUUUCACCUGGAGUGCCUGGGAUUGACAUCAUUCCCUGAUGGAAAGUUCAUCUGCGUCGAAUGUAAAACUGGAGAGCACCCGUGUUUUUCAUGUAAAGUGUCUGGUACAGACGUGAAGCGUUGCUCUGUUGGUGCUUGUGGGAAAUUUUACCAUGAAGCCUGUGUCCGCAAGUUCCCCACUGCCAUCUUCGAAUCAAAAGGAUUCCGCUGUCCCCAGCACUGCUGCUCUGCCUGCUGUAUGGAGAAAGAUAUCCACAAAGCAAGUAAAGGUCGCAUGAUGAGAUGUUUGAGGUGCCCAGUAGCCUACCACUCUGGAGAUGCUUGCAUUGCUGCCGGCAGCAUAUUUGUGUCUUCCUACGUUCUCAUCUGUAGUAAUCAUUCCAAACGGAGCAGUAACUCUUCCUCUGCUGUAAAUGUAGGCUUUUGUUUCGUUUGUGCAAGAGGGCUGAUAGUGCAGGACCAUUCAGACCCCAUGUUCAGUUCCUAUGCCUAUAAGUCCCACUACCUACUGAACGAAUCAAAUCGUGCAGAGUUGAUGAAAUUACCUAUGAUUCCUUCUUCGUCAGCUUCCAAAAAGAAAUGUGAGAAAGGUGGAAGAUUGCUCUGCUGUGAGUCGUGCCCAGCUUCCUUCCACCCGGAGUGCCUGAGCAUAGAGAUGCCAGAAGGCUGCUGGAAUUGCAAUGACUGUAAAGCUGGCAAGAAACUACAUUACAAGCAGAUUGUUUGGGUCAAAUUGGGAAAUUACAGAUGGUGGCCAGCGGAGAUCUGCAACCCCCGGUCUGUGCCGCUCAACAUCCAGGGCCUCAAGCACGACCUGGGGGACUUCCCCGUGUUCUUCUUUGGUUCUCACGACUACUACUGGGUACACCAGGGCAGAGUGUUCCCUUACGUCGAAGGAGACAAAAGCUUUGCUGAGGGACAGACUAGUAUUAACAAGACCUUCAAAAAAGCGUUGGAAGAAGCUGCAAAACGUUUCCAGGAAUUGAAAGCGCAAAGAGAAAGUAAAGAAGCACUAGAGAUUGAAAAAAACUCAAGAAAACCCCCUCCUUACAAACACAUCAAAGCUAACAAAGUAAUAGGAAAGGUACAGAUCCAGGUUGCAGACCUGUCAGAGAUUCCCCGCUGUAACUGCAAGCCGGCUGACGAGAACCCGUGUGGCUUGGAGUCCGAGUGCCUGAACAGAAUGCUGCAGUACGAGUGUCACCCGCAGGUGUGCCCGGCAGGGGAGCGCUGCCAGAACCAGUGCUUCACCAAGAGGCUCUACCCGGAUGCGGAAAUCAUCAAGACGGAGCGGAGAGGCUGGGGCCUCAGGACCAAAAGGAGCAUUAAGAAGGGUGAAUUUGUAAAUGAAUAUGUUGGCGAAUUAAUUGAUGAGGAAGAAUGCAGAUUGCGAAUCAAGCGAGCCCACGAGAACAGUGUAACUAAUUUUUAUAUGUUAACUGUUACCAAGGACCGUAUCAUUGACGCUGGCCCGAAGGGAAAUUAUUCUCGCUUUAUGAACCACAGUUGUAAUCCAAACUGUGAAACACAAAAGUGGACGGUGAAUGGAGAUGUUCGAGUUGGCCUUUUUGCUCUUUGUGACAUUCCUGCAGGGAUGGAGCUAACAUUUAAUUACAACCUGGACUGUCUGGGCAAUGGGAGGACGGAGUGCCACUGCGGGGCGGAUAACUGCAGUGGUUUCCUCGGCGUGCGGCCAAAGUCGGCAUGUGCGUCCACAACUGAAGAAAAGGCAAAAAACGCUAAGCUGAAGCAGAAGAGACGAAAAAUUAAAACAGAGCCGAAGCAGCUGCAUGAAGAUCACUGCUUCCAGUGCGGGGACAGCGGCGAGCUGGUCAUGUGCGACAGGAAGGACUGCCCCAAGGCCUACCACCUGCUCUGCCUCAACCUGCCCCAGCCGCCCUAUGGAAAGUGGGAGUGCCCGUGGCAUCAGUGCGGUGAGUGCAGCGGCGCGGCCGUGUCCUUCUGUGAGUUCUGUCCACGGUCGUUUUGCAAAGAUCAUGAAAAGGGGGCUCUGGUGCCCUCCGCCCUGGAAGGCCGUCUCUGCUGCUCUGAACAUGACCCUGUAUCUCCCGUGUCACCCGAAUACUGGAGCAAGAUCAAAUGUAAAUUGGAGUCACAAGAUCACGGAGAAGAAGUCAAAGAAUAAAUGGGCAGUGAUUUCCUUCUUUUUUUAUUUAAACGAAGAAAGGAAAAGGAAAACGUAGAGAAUGCGUUAGUACAAGAAGAGACCACUGCAGUGCAUACAGCCUUGGCCGUCAGCGCUGCCUUAUUAAAGUGAAGAUGGGGAACCAGGCCGUGCAGGCAGAAGCCGUUGGUGGGAUCUGGUUUUUCAGUUUCGUUCUGUCAGUUUGGGAUUCUUUUGUGGAGGGUUAGAUUCCCUUGGUCUUUUCUUGCCUUUAUUGUGCUUCAAUGCCUUUGCAGCUGG